AUGGUCUACUCUAAGGUAUCUGGCAUGAACCAGAAGAUGGAUCACCAGCAGAUGCGGCAGCAAUUGCGCAACCAUGUCCGUCAGCAUGGAAUGAAGCCUAGCGACCUGCCGGAGUUUGUCAUUGAGAAUGGAGACUACGACAGUGAGCCUGGCGGCGCUCGCCUCGAUGUUGACCCUUUCGGUCAUAACCUGAACAAUCACCAGGCUCAGAAUUAUAUCUUGGCCAGCUCCAACCUGAACCCCUCGUCCUCGCCUUGGAUGCCCAAUACUUCUCCAGCUCAACAGACCAUCAGCAAGAUUGAUCAGCCCGAGAUUGCUGAGCUUGACGGUACUCCUAAGUAUCCCAGCACCAACGGCAAAUUUCAGAGCCGUCCAUCGAUUCCCACUCAGACCUUCGGAUCUGGCUCGAACGGUGCUGCCUCCUACUUUGGCGGACCAGUUGGAAACGGUUACCGCGUUGCUCUUCCCAAGAUGACCAGCUCCCACUUCGACUCUAACGCCCCCGGCCAGGCAAACUAUGGCCAGCUCACCGGCAGCGCCUCCAUGGGAAAUUUGGGUAUUCAGACCCCUGUCCGCCAGAACGACGGUGGCUUUCUCUACAGCCAGGGCGGCAUAGAAGCCACUGAUCACACUGCUGAUGUUGUCAGUCCCGGCAGCGACACCCCCAAGGCUGUUGGCAACAGUGGUCUCAUGACGGAGCCGCGCAACUUCGCUCCGCGAACCAUGAGCCACCUUGGAGCGCCUCCCAAGUUCAACUUGAACAAGGGAAGUAAUGGUGUCAACACUCCUGCUUCGGACACGCAAGAUCCCUUCGUGUCUUCCGCUUCGCAGAGUAGCGCUGCUCAGCCGCCGGUGUUUGGAUCGCAGAUCGACACCACCCACUUGCUCGCAACUGGCCAGCUUCCUUUCCCUGCCGCUACAGGCGAUACUUUGCACUUUGACAGUCUUCCUCGCGAUGACUCUGAGGCAUCCGCCCCGAACAGCACUACCACUCAGGUCCACCAGCUCAACUCCGAAAAUGGAGGACGUGCUAUCGACGUCCAGAACAUGCCUGCCCAGCAGUUGGGAUCUUACCAGGCCCAGCUCCAGACUCUGCCUCUUGCUGGAAACAAUGUGGCAAUCGUUCCUUACCACGUCCCUUACCAGGUCCCUUACCAGUCAUCUUACCACGGCGGCUACCAGCUCCAGAAUGAUGCUGCGAACUACGAUGCCACGGUCCCCGACUACAUCCGCGCUCAGAGAUCGAUGCAGCUGAACCGCCUCACCGCUGGUCCUACCGGCCGACCUAGCGCUAACGAGGCCAUGCAUCAAAUGAACUUCCCGUUCGUUGAGCCUAUCAACCGCGCAACCAACUUCCUGGUCCGUGGAGUCAUCAAGAUUGGAAACAUUCCUUUCGUUACCAACCGCUCCGAGAUCAUUGCAAUCCUGGGUCGUAACUCUCGUAUGCUCAAUGACAGUGAUGAGCCGGUCCACAUCAUUAUGGAACGUGUCACUGGCAAAACCACUGACGCAUACGUCGAGUUCCACACCCUUGAGGAUGCUUCGAAGGCCGUUGAGAAGCAUCAUCAGAACCUCAACCGUGGCCGAGUCACUCGAAUCGGCCAGCGUCCUGUUGAGAUCGAGCUCUCCAGCCAGGCUGCCCUCAUGAAGGAUCUGUUCCCCUCCGCCAAGGGUGUGUUCUGGGCUGGUCUUAACCCUCACAUCCUUCCCAACAAUGACGAGGAGCCUUGGGACAACUUCAAGGGUUUCGUGUCCAAUGAGGAGAUGACGAUGCUCGUGAAGCACGUCGAGGUCCCCCACCGUUCUCCCUUUUCGAAGGAGUGCCCUCAACGUCCUUUCGAGUGCCUCAUCAGCACCCUUACCAAGUUCCCUUGGCAGAUGAAGUCGAACGUCACUGUUCAGCAGCGUCACGCCAUCCAUAAGGCUACCUGCGAUCUUCUGCGCAUUCUCGUGGGUGGUAUUCGCGAUAAGCGUGAUGAGGUCAACCUUACUCAUCGUCUGUGUAAGCGAGUCGUGUCCGCGGCGAUGCGCUGCGAGGGCUUCUCGGUGACCCAGAAGGACGGCAUUGCGUACAUUGUCGACAUGAGUGAGAUGGAGCAGCGUUCCUAUGGCCAGCCGCGGUUCGCGGAGAGUUGGCGUCACCUCUACGUGCUGGUCCCCAAGACCGGUAUUCCCUUGGAUGUCAUCGAGUGGUACAUUGCCGUCAUCCGCGAGGAGACCACUCGUUUCCUGGAGAUGCAGUCGUUCCAGGAGAAGUGCCAGACGUGCACCAUCGGCGACACCACCGACGGUUACCUUGGCUUCUUUUGGCGCGAGCUGAACCACCGUGUGGGACCUGAGUUCGACCGCAUGACUCUUGCGCAGCUUGCAAUGCACGAGUACCAGACGAUCGAGACGAUUAUCCGUCGCGCACUGGCUCCUGCCAUCGGCCACUAA